AUGCAGCCCGCUCUUCACUCAAUAAAGGUCCAAAAAUCGGGUUUUGAGAGCGAAGAUGAUCUUGAACUCUCGACUGGCCGCACGGCUUUUUCUAUGCGAUUGUCAACAGGAGUUCCAAGAGACAGUUGUAGCUCCUCAGAAAGUCUGAGAAAUUCGGUUAGCACACAGGUGCGCUCCAAAAGAAGAUUCAGAAGAGGUAUUAAACUAUAUUUCCAAAGCUUUCGCAAAAAAAGCGGCACUGCACCCAAAUCUAGCAGUUCCGACACAGAAGCCUAUUAUUUGACUAGCGACGAUGAUCGAUAUUCCGUUGAUAGUCUGGAGGCUCACGGAAUAUUGCCCAAAACAGACAGCCAACUUAGCCCAAGUUAUUCGAAUGACUCCUCCAUUCGAACACGUCGGUUUAAAUUUUGGUCAAAUUCAACUGAAGGCGACAACAGAACAUUCGACGAAGAGAGAAAAGUUGAAUCAUCAAGAAGUGCCGUCAGUGACACUAUUGUCUUCCAGCGCCCACCGCGACACAAGGUUAGAUUCUGGUUGAACGAGAAAAGGCAUGGACAUAGUGAUUCCAUCCUGGAAAUUCGACAAUCUGCAAUUACGACUCGGAUUGCUCGCUCAAGAUGUCUAGCUGGCAUAGCUGCGGUAGAAGCCGCUAGACUUGGUGAAUAUCGAAGGAAAAUUCGAGCUUUGAAAUUCGCUGUCGCUGCAACAACCGCUGCCUUCGCUCGAGUUAAUAAAGCAAAGCAGGAUAUCAACGCAAGCCAUGGAAGUAUCGCAAAUGCUGCUAUGUACAGCUCGAAAGCAAUAGCGGCAGCUUCUAUUAUUUCUCCACAAGCAAACCAGGAUUAUAAGAAAAUCCAAAGGGUUUUCAAUGAGCAUUUCAAACAUAAAGAUGAUCCGACCUAUUUUCGACGCCUGAAAUAUAUUCCUAUGCAACAACUAGAUAGGAACUCAGCAGCAUACAAGAUGCACUUGAAGCUGAGAGCGAUUCCAACUCCCUCUUGCAAGGAUGACAUCUACAAGUUUCACAGCACCCGACUGGAUAGAAUAUCCACCAGCCAGCAUAGCAGGGCAUCUACAUUACAACUAAGUAUUGCGUGA